CAGAAUCACAAUCAUACCCGGCUCAUCGUCUUCCUCUGCCUCACAUAUCCUUUGUCUCUCUUCUGCUAUUCAUAGUGAGUUUCUUUGUUAGCUUGUUUUUCCAACAAAUUAGCUUGGGCCAUGGAAGAGAUUAAUAUUAUUCCGUCCUGUUCUCCACCCUAUAGUAUUUGUCAAGAAACCUCUGUAAACACACUUCAACAACGCCUCCAGUUGAUAGUUCAAAAUCGGCCUGAAUUUUGGGUCUACUCUAUUUUCUGGCAAGCCUCGAAAGACCGCAACGGCGGUGUUUCGUUGUCAUGGGCCGGUGGCCAUUUCAGAGGCAUCAGAGACUUCUCAUCCAAGAAGUUGGAUAACAAUUUCCAGCUCAAAUUUGGGUUGGAUCUGGAGAGGCCGAAGAAGGUGAUCAACCGACAAGUCGAAGCUCUGUUCCAGGAAGACAUGGACAUGGAGAGACUGGUGGACAUUAAUGGAGAUGUGACUGAUUCGGAGUGGUUUUACUUCUACACCCUUUCUUUGACACAGUCCUUUGCUGCAGGCCAUGGGAGUAACAAUAUUCUUGGCCGUUCAUUUUGUUCCGGCGCGUUUGUGUGGUUGGCAGGAGAUCAGGAGCUUCAGUUGUAUGAGUGUGAGAGAGUUAAGGAGGCUCGCAUGUCUGGAAUUCAAACACUUGUUUGUAUUCCAACUCCCUAUGGGGUGAUUGAACUUGCUUCUUUGGAAGUGAUUAAAGAAGAUUGGGGUUUUGUGCAGAACUCAAAGUCAAUUUUUGGAUCCGACAUAAUCACAGCCAGCAGCAGCGUCUCAAAUUCAAAGCAGGAUCAUGUUCAUGUUCCUCAGCUGCAAAACUCUAUGUUUCCACGAUCAGAUCAAAAGGAGUGGACGACACAAGAAGGUGGUAGGAAAGAAAAUGUCAACGUAAGUGGAUCAUCAUCUGACUCCGGGCCUUCCGAGAAUACAUCAAACACUCGAUUGAGAAAGAGAGGAAGAUCAGACAAAGGCGAGCGAGAUUCACCAAUAAACCAUGUGGAGGCCGAGAGACAACGACGGGAAAAGCUUAAUCACCGAUUCUAUGCCCUCCGAUCCGUCGUUCCUAAUGUAUCGAAGAUGGAUAAAGCUUCUUUACUCUCUGAUGCAGUUGUAUACAUCAAUAAUCUUAAGACAAAGAUUGAGGAGUUGGAAGCAAAAAUUCAAGCACAACCCAAGAAACCCAAACCAAGUAUCAUGAGUGACAAUACUACUCUUGACUACAGCCAAGGCACGAGCUCCUUAACUUAUAGAGCCGCUGCUGCUACAGAGGUGGAUGUGAAGAUUGUAGGCUCCGAAGCCAUGAUUCGAGUCCGAUGUCCAGAUAAUAAGGACUAUCCAAAUGCUAGAUUGAUGAAUGCACUCAAACACCUUGAAUUACAAAUUCAUCAUGCAAGCAUAUCAAGUGUGAACGACUUCAUGCUUCAAGAUGUUGUGGCAAGAGUUCCUGAUGGAUUCACAAGCGAGGAGGCUAUGAGAACUGCUAUUAUAAAUAGAUUUUACAACUAGUCUCCCUUGCUGGCUCAUGUAGAUUGAUCACAAUAAACUUCUUGUGGGAUUUAUCUCACUGUUCUUGUUCAGUAGUGGUACUUCGUUGCUCAAA